AUGGCAGGCCUACCUCAACGAUUCCCUUGCUGGUGCAAGGCGACUUACUCGUGGGGCGGUGAAACGAAGAAGGAUUUGGGCUUCAUAGAGGGUGAUCUUAUCGAGGCUCUCAAUGCCGGCGACGGACAGUGGUGGAUGGGAAGGCUACGUCGAGACCCUCGAGCCAUCGGUCUCUUCCCAUCGAACUUUGUGCAGGUGUUGGCCGAGUCAUUCCAGCCUGCACCAAAUGUUCGCAACGCUUCACCAUUAUCACAGAGUGCCGCGCAAAAGGCGGGCGCGAGCAACAAAGCUGUAUUCCGAAAGCCUUUUCAAGCAUACGGGGAUGGAGGCAAAGCGUCUGGCGAUGACCGCGACAGGAAAGGAACUCCGGAGGCAGAGAAAGAGCGGGUGCCGGAGAAGAAGAAGACAUUUCGACCAUAUUCGAGCAUGAAGAAUCCGACGCCUCCAAAUGGAUCACUGCGGAAAUCUGCUGUGAACACGGUGAUCGACCAGGAACUCGGGCCAAGGAUACCCUCUACACCUCCCCGGGGUGGAAUUGCACCACCCACACGAUCGAACGGAUCGCGCACCGGAGGCACCACUGCGAAUGCACAACGCCCAAAGUCUUUUCACGGUUCCAUUCAAAAUGGCAUCUCUAAUGGAAAUCCACUAUCGUCUAGGGGAUAUCAGGCCCCUAUACAACUUGGUUCCCGUGCAGCGUCGCCACAACAUUACUAUCAACCACAUCCUUCAACAACGAAUCGCGGACCUUCGCCCCAGCCGCAAUAUAGGGAAGCUUCACCUCAACCGCAAUAUAGAGAAGCUUCACCACAACCGCAAUAUAGAGAAGCUUCGCCGCAGCCACAAUACAGAGAAGCUUCACCACAGCCGCAAUACAGAGGUGCUUCACCGCAGCCACACCACAGAGGAGCCUCACCGCAGCCGCAAUACAGAGAAGCCUCACCGCAGCCGAGCUAUGGGAUACUCUCGCCAUCGAGACAGUCGUCGCAUCGCUCGUACCAAGGCCACGAGGAACUCCAUACUGCGGCGCCAACGCACCAUCAUGAUGAGCACGAAUACGAACUGGAGAAUUCUCCUCCUCCUCCGCCUCCUCCUGCACAUCGUUCAAUGUUCCAGCCCAGCCGAGCACCCUCGCCGCAACCGUAUGCGUACCAGGCAGAUCCGGGCCAUCAUUCUCAUACUCCAAUGCAGCCUUCACCAGCUGGUAGCCGUAUGACCCCAUCUCCGUUAAGAGAUGCCAUGAAUGAUGUGAUGAUGUCGCUACAAGAUAUGUCUACCUCCACUCAAUCGCCUCCGCCUGGUGCAAAGGACAUAUGGUCACCAGAAGCUUUCGACCUCGUGCGUGUACAGUCUGACAGCCGUCACAGAGCCAGAUCAGCUCGGGCUACAGCGGAAAUGAGCUUCUCUUUCGACGAUGGAGAUGGCGAGAACUUGGCUUCCCAACCAUAUGCGCCUGCCCAAGGACACGAGCUUGGGAGCUAUGUGCAAAGAAUGGAGCACCAACUGGACACCGACGACUAUGAAAUAGAUCAAGCCCCUGAAGUGCCCUUGAAGGGCAGCCAGUACACGAAUUUCCACCCGACAGCCGCAAAUGCCCGUCCGCGAGACGUCGAAUCUUCUUCCGCGUCUGAACUUCCUGAAUUGAGCCAGAAGGUACGGCAUCGGAAAUCUGCGUAUGAGCUUGGCCACACACGCAACGCAUUGGAUCGAACAUUCACCACAAAGACGAACGCGACCAAUUCUACCGAGUCGUCAUCUGCGACACAAAGCAGUAACAGCACACAACUCACAAGUCGCAGCAUUAUGUCUGGAGCAUCUGCGAGUGGCAUGAGUGCAACUAGCGCUGGAAGUCUGACGCGACACAAAUUUGGCUUGGGAAGCCAGCGACGCCGUAAGGGGCUGAGUAUGAUGGAAACCAAAUCCUCUUACGACCUUCGCUCCAGCGCAAGAAGUAUCCACGAGAGCGAGGCCUCUGGACCUAGCUAUCACGAAAGCCAUGCUUCGCAUAAUCAGCCAGACGCACCCGUUGCUGAUUGGUCGACAGAACCCGCUGAAUCAGGGGGCAUCUUUGGAGGUCUUUCUGCCCCCAAGGCCAGGAAGAGCGGCUUCUUCAAGAAGAUGAUCGAAUCGGCCAAGACCACUGCGAAGACAGGAGCCGCCAAUGCCAGGUCGACGCUCGCCAGUACGAGUCGGCCGGGCAGCCGAUCAGGCAGUCCGACGAAAAGCAUUACCAACGGCAGCGUGAUGACAGGAUUCGGUAAUAGCAUUACUUCACGCCCAGCCUCGUCGGCCGGUGGUGCUCUGAGCCAGAUGGGUCUUGGAAAUGACUGGAUGCAGGUCCGUCGUGAUAUCAAUCGCUCGAAUUCUUUGAGUCGUCGCGAAAUGGACGAUCGAGCAGAGAGAUGCGAACUGCAUGGUCUGCCAGUGACUUAUCCCAUCGAUCAGCUCCGCGAGGCCGUAGAAGGCAACGAAGGUUUGGAUGGACUGCCAGUCAACGAGUCCACGGACUUCAACACUCCUAAUCUUGCCUUGGUGGACAAGAACACCCGAUUCCUCCAGAAUGUACCACCGAUGAUUACAGCUGGAACCCUAGCUCAAAAUUAUCUAUGCCGGCCUUACAAGAGCGAUGUGCAGAGAUUACGAGCGAUAUUCACGUGGGUUGCUGAGCGGAUUGUCUGGGAGGAUGACUUCGAAGGACAGCUGGACACGAGACGCGUCGUGCAUACCAAGCGCGGCUGUAGCGAGGAGAUCGCGAUGGUCGUAGCUGACAUGUGCUCGGCCGUUGGCCUACAUUGUGAGAUCAUUCGCGGCUACCUCAAGCAACCCGGCGAAACUCUCGAUCUCGAUACUCUGGCACAAGCAAACCACUGGUGGAACGCGGUCAUCAUUGAUGGUGAAUGGCGUAUCUUAGACUGCUCGCUUGCAAGUCCCACUCACCCACGCCGAGGUGCAUACAGCAGCGCUGGAGGUCAAUCGGCUGAAGCGUGGUACUUCCUCGCGAAACCGCUCGAGAUAUGCUUCACUCAUAUUCCACUCUUACCCGAGCAGCAACACAUUGUUCCUCCGGUCGAGCAUGAGAUUCUCAUUGCAUUGCCGUGUGCGACACCGAAUUACUUUAGGCAAGGCUUAGAAAUGAUGGACUUCAACACCAGUAUGCUACACUUGGAGAACCUGGAGAUGGCUCACAUACAUUUGACUGUACCAGAAGAUGUGGAGUGUGUGGCCGAGACCGAAGUUCGCUCCUUUGCUCACGACCCAGACGGCGAUAUCUUCGAGAGUGGCGACAUCGUAAAGAAGCAAGUCUUUGCGCAAGCAGAUUGGAUUGGUGGCAGGAAGCGCUUUACUAUCAAAGCUCUCUUGCCUGGAGACGAGGGUCGCGGCACAUUGAAGGUCUACGCCGGAAAGCGUGGACUGAUGCACUCCAUAAGGGACAAUCCUCAUGCGAUGGCUCUAGCACUACCCUUAUCGCACACCGGCCAGAACCCGCCCUACAAUUUUGUCACCCGGCAUCCGACGCCUCAUGCUCAAAGACACGAUCUCUAUAUCGCGCAGCCGCAAUGUUCUCGUCUUCUCUUGAACAAUACAUUUGUCUUCUGCGUCCGGCAGCACCCCUCCUCCCUCUCGCGCUUCACACCGGACACAUGGGGUGCCGCAGCGAACGGUUCUCACGGUCGGCCCCCUAGCCCAAACCCACUCAAUCGACCAGGCAGUGCUAUGAGCAUGGUCUCGGCAUCGAUAUCUGCAAGUCAAUACUCCGAAACAUCAUCCAAUGCCUCUGGGCAGCAGCCAAUGUCAGCCGCGCAGCAGAAGCCUGCAAAGCUCGCGAUUCAGACACCGAGCCAGAAAAUCAUCCGUCUGACCCGCAAGCAAGAAAAUCUGGCGCGGUCAGCCGGCGAGAGCUUUGAUCCUGCAAGUCUCAGCACGAGCUGGGAGACGGUUAUCAAAAUCGGGGAGAAGGGUCUAUGGAGAGGUUUGGUCCUGGCGGAUCGGAGCGCAAGGUGGUGCGUGUUUGCGGAAUGGGUGUGCGAAUAG